UAAGGUGAGCCAUAAAUGAGAUGGGGGGUAAAUAGAAGGUGAUGAGGCUUAUGAUAACCCUCAUGAUCGUCACGUCGUUUUUCUUUCGCUACUCCCAAAAACCUCCCAGAAUUCCACGCUGCCUCUACUCUCUCACUGCCUCCCUCUCAGAGUCUCAGCAUCUUGCCAUCUCCCCCUCCCCUCCCCUCCCCUUUGCCCUUUUCCCCCUCUGUAUCUCUCUAAAUAGCCUAGUCAACCUCAUGUCUUCCCUGCUUUGUUCCAUAUUAAACCAACACCAUUCUCUCUUCCUUUUCGAUCGCCUGUCUAGCUCUCUACUUUUUCUCUUUUUUACAGUGAUCAAUCCCCAUCUCCGAAUGUGGGAAACUCAAAUACUUGCUAUUUCAGCCUAAAUACAACAUUGCUGAUCAAAAAUAAUAACCCAUUUUCAACAAUAGGUCUCUUUAAAAGUAUCAACACAUAUGACUAGGAGGUAGAUCAUGUGGACUUCCUAAAAGGUACAUGAUUAUUUCCUAUUUCAUAACCCACUCCCAUGCAAUGCCUUGAAUGCUCUCUUCCCACAUUUCCACUACUCCAAAACCAUUCUUUCUCGAUCAGCCAUCCUAUCAAAAUUUGAUACCCUCAAGUGAAAGUGAGGUUAAGAGAUCUAUUUAAAGCUCCACUUUACUCGCCUACGCUUCUUGUUCCAUUGCAUCGUUCUCCAUUUAUACCCCUUCAUUCUGAUCUACGAACACACACACACACACACACAGAGAGAGAGAGAGAGAGAGAGAGAGAGAGAGAGAGAGAGAGAGAGAGCCUUCGUGCCUUUGUUCUGUCAACAUGUGGAUGAUGGGCUAUAGUGAUGAUGGGGAGUUCAACCUUCCUGAUUCAUUCAAUGGCCGGAAACUUCGGCCUCUCAUCCCAAGGCCUUUGCUAUCUGCCAACAACAAUUCAACAACCACCCCGUCUUGCUUGAGCCGUCUUCAUGGCACCGAUUUUUUUUCACAAUGUCACCAUCUGAGUAUGUGCUUGCCGGCUGUAGCGGAACCGAACAAGAGAGAGUACAAUACUCCUCCGGUUGUAGUGAGCUCAAGGUGGAAUCCGACACCGGAGCAGUUGAGGGCACUGGAGGAAUUAUAUCGACGUGGGACGCGGACUCCUUCGGCCGAGCAAAUUCAGCAUAUUACCGCACAGCUUCGAAGACACGGUAAGAUUGAAGGGAAGAAUGUUUUCUACUGGUUCCAAAAUCACAAGGCGCGAGAGAGGCAGAAACGCCGUCGUCAAAUGGAAUUGGCUUCCGACGAACACCACUGCGAUAUUGAAACCUUAGAGAGGAAAGAAUUAGGGGCAGGCUGCAGGACAGUCUUUGAAGUUGAACAGACCAAGAACUGGGCACCCUAUACGAACUGCAGUAUUCUGGCAGAGGAAUCUGUUUCAGUACAAAAGGCAGCAAAAGCAGCAGCAUUGGCAGAAUGUAGGACAGAUGGGUGGAUCCAAUUCGAUGAAGGAGAAUUACAGCAAAGAAGGAACUUUGUAGAAACGAAUGCCACGUUGCAGAUGAUGCAGUUGUCUUGUUGUGCUCCUCCCACCCACCUCAUUUACACCCCUACUUUAUCUGCUGCUACUUCUAAUACUACUACUACGACCACUAAGGCCCCAGCAACAGUAAGAACAAUUGACCAAAAGUUCAUUAAGACUCGUGACCUGAACAUCUUUAUGGCACCCUACAGAGAAAGUAGUCUUAACCUCUUGGACAGUGUCAGCAAUGAAGAAGAUAGCUGUGGGGAUUCUCAAACCCUUCAACUGUUCCCUCUUCAGAGCAUCAGGGAUGUCAACGACAACAAUAACGACAGAGAAACUGAGAUAUCGGAUUCAGCCAUGAAUGCCAACUUCACACCUUUCCAGUUUUUUGAGUUCCUUCCAUUGAAAAACUAAACCACAUCAACAUGCAUGGAAAUGCUGGCCAUGUACGGAAGAUGUUAGGUUGAGUUGGAAUGUUGUAAUCUUGUCGGAAAAUGGAACUUGCUUGUUUUUAAUCAUGGUAGUCGUGCUCAACGGUGUUGGUUUUUCUUCAUAUUAGCUGCUUUGAAACCUUCCGUUCACGUAGGAAAGCAGCUUCAAUUUACAACAUCAUCCAUUUGAUUAGGGAUGACAAAUCUAGAACAAUAUUUCUCUUGAUAGUUAGUAUAAUUCUUAAACAACUGUUUGUAAUUGCGUGAUAGUUUCCACGCUAAGCUUUAGAUCUGAAAUUGAUUGACUAUGCUUGAAUAUUAGCUUCAUGUGGCAAAAUUGAUCAAGAA